AUGGCGGACUACGGAGAUGCGAAAUAUGAACCCAACGGAUAUUAUGGAGAUGACGGCGGCUAUGAAGAAGCGGACGCGAGUGAACAAGACAUAACCUCUGAAGACUGCUGGAAGGUCAUCAGUUCCUUCUUCGAUAUCAAGAAAUUGGCUUCGAUGCAGAUCGACUCGUUCAACCAUUUUAUGCGAUCGGGUUUACAGGAUUUGGUGAACGAGAAGGGAGGUGUGACUCUCGACCAUGCCCAAAAUGUGGAUGAGGACGAUCCGAAUCCCGUUGUUGUCAAAAGACAUGAAGUCAAAUUCGGCAAAGUCACACUCAGCAAACCAAACAUGGUCGAAGGCGACGGCGUUACGACCGACUGCAUGCCACACGAGGCGCGACUGCGAAGUCUAACCUAUGCGAGUCCAGCAUUUGUCAAGAUGACGAGGAGAACAUACUACGCGAAGGAGAAACCGUGGGAUGAUGCUGGCGUCGAUGAAGGAGUCAUGAAAGAGGAUGGCACACAGCUCUUUUGGCGAGAGGGUACAGAUGAGGAUGAUUUCGAUGAUGAGCGGGAGGUCUACGUUGGCAAAAUCCCUAUCAUGGUCAGAAGCAUGACAUGCCACCUUGUGAGUGAGAGGUUUCAAAGCGACAAAGAUCUGUUUGCCUGGGGAGAAUGUCCAUACGACCAGGGUGGCUAUUUCAUCAUCAACGGCAGCGAAAAGGUCCUCAUUGCUCAGGAACGAAGUGCAGGCAAUAUUGUCCAGGUAUUCCAGAAGGCGGCGCCUGCUCCAUUUACGCACCUUGCAGAGAUCAGAUCUGUCAUCGACCGUGGUGCGCGGAUGAUGUCUCAAUGCACAGUCAAACUCUUUCGACGAGUGGACGGUCCCGAGGGUACGAAGAUCGAUAACCCAAUCCGAGUUCAGCUUCCCUAUGUCAAGCAGGACAUUCCUCUUGUCAUAGUCUUCCGUGCCUUGGAUAUAGUAUCCGAUGCUGACAUCUUGGAAAAGAUCUGCUUUGAUCAAAGUGACAAAGAAAUGAUGGACAUGUUGAUGGGUUCUCUCCAAGAAGGCCAGCCUAUACAAGGGGCUGAUUUGGCGCGAGAUUUCAUUGCCCGGCGAGGAAACGUCCCGUCAUUGAAAAGUCACGAACGACAAAAACAUGCCACUGAUAUUCUUCAGAAGGAAUUUUUGCCUCACAUCGGACAAGGCCCCGACGCUACUGCUCGAAAGGCGUUCUUCCUCGGUUAUAUGGUUAACCGCCUUCUGAAGUGCGCCCUUGGACGGGCCGAACCAGACGAUCGAGAUCAUCUUGGAAAGAAGCGACUCGAUUUGGCCGGGCCGCUAAUGACAAACCUGUUCCGCUUGCAAUUCGACAAAGCCACGAAAGACUUUUACCGGUAUAUGCAAAAGCGUGUGGAGUCAGGUCAACCUAUCAACGUCAUGGCAGGUUUUAAGCAUCCCAUCAUAACCAGUGGUCUAAAGUAUUCACUGGCCACUGGCAACUGGGGUGACCAGAAGAAAUUGGACAAAGCGAAAGCUGGCGUCUCCCAGGUGCUCAGUCGUUAUACAUUUUCCUCCACCUUGUCACAUCUUCGGAGAACCAAUGCACCCAUCGGCCGAGAAGGGAAAAUUGCAAAGCCCCGUCAAUUGCAUAACACACAUUGGGGAUAUGUGUGUCCGGCGGAAACACCCGAAGGCCAGGCGUGUGGCUUAGUCAAGAAUCUGUCGCUGAUGUCGAUGGUGACCAAUUCCUACGAGACCGGGCCUUUGCUCAACUAUGUUAUGACAAAGCAUGUUGAAGCACUUGAGGAUUGGGAACCUCGCCUCAACCCACAGGCUACCAAAAUCUUUGUUGAUGGUGUCUGGUUUGCAGUGGUGCUUCGCGAUCCUAAGCGGCUUGUAGAUGACCUACGCAAGCUACGGAGAAAAGGUGUCUUCGACUCUCAAGUGAGUUUGGUAUGGGAUAUCCGAGAGAAGGAAUUUAAGAUCUCGGGAGACUCGGGCAGAAUCGUGCGCCCCCUAUUCGUUGUCGAAACCGACCGCUCUUCAGAGAAUCUUGGCAAUCUGGUCCUCAACAAAGAUCACAUCAAUAAGCUCGAUCAAACUGCAUACUUGAAAGAAAGUGGCUUCCAAUGGAAUGACGAAAUCAGACCCUAUGGGUGGCCUGAUCUACUUGAAUCCGGUGUCGUCGAAUACUUGGAUGCCGAAGAAGAGGAAACCGCCAUGAUUUGCAUGACUCCUGAAGCCUUGGCUGACUCGAAAGCAAGAUGGCUUGGAAUGGAGAUUGAGAACGAGGAUGACCCAUUGAGGAGAAAUGAUCCGCUGCUGAAUCCUCACGCUCACACCUUCACUCAUUGCGAAAUCCAUCCGAGCAUGAUUUUGGGCGUCUGUGCGAGUAUCAUUCCGUUCCCUGACCACAACCAGUCGCCUCGUAACACAUAUCAAUCCGCUAUGGGCAAACAGGCUAUGGGCGUGUUUCUCACGAAUUUUGACCAGCGCAUGGAGACCAUGGCCAAUAUCCUCUACUACCCACAAAAGCCUCUGGCCCGGACCAUGGCUAUGGACUAUAUGAAGUUUCGAGAGCUCCCAGCCGGGCAAAAUGCCAUUGUGGCCAUUGCGUGUUAUUCCGGCUACAACCAAGAGGAUUCUGUCAUCAUGAACCAAAGCUCCAUUGACCGUGGACUCUUCCGAUCGCUCUUCUACAGAACGUAUCAAGACUCAGAAAAGAGUGUUGGACAUUCUGUCGUGGAGCAGUUUGAGAAACCCACCAGGACUGAUACACUCCGUCUCAAACACGGAACUUACGACAAGAUUGACGAGGAUGGCAUCGUUGCUCCUGGUGUUCGUGUUAGUGGCGAGGACAUCAUUAUGGGCAAGACGGCCCCCAUGGCCCCAGAUGCCGAAGAGCUGGGCCAGAGACUGAAACAACACAUCAAGCGCGACGUCUCCACGCCGCUACGAUCUACGGAGUCCGGAAUCGUAGAUCAGGUCAUGCUGACCACCACAGCCGAAGGCCACCGGUUCGCCAAGGUCCGAGUCCGAACCACCAAAGUCCCUCAGAUUGGGGAUAAAUUCGCAUCUCGUCAUGGGCAGAAGGGUACUAUUGGUAUAACAUAUCGCCAUGAAGACAUGCCUUUCACCAGAGAGGGCAUCGUGCCUGAUCUCAUCAUCAACCCACACGCCAUUCCUUCUCGGAUGACCAUUGCCCACUUGAUCGAAUGCCAGUUGUCGAAGGUUGCGACCUUGCGCGGUGACGAAGGUGAUGCGACCCCCUUCACCAAAGUCACCGUGACUCAGGUUUCAGAACUUCUUCGAAGAAUGGGCUAUCAAUCUCGCGGGUUUGAGGUCAUGUACAAUGGGCACACCGGUAGAAAGCUGGUCGCCCAAGUCUUCCUGGGACCCACCUACUAUCAGCGUCUACGGCACAUGGUUGACGAUAAGAUCCAUUCCCGUGCCCGUGGCCCAACUCAGAUCCUUACUCGGCAGCCAGUGGAAGGUCGUGCGCGAGACGGUGGUUUACGAUUCGGAGAAAUGGAGCGCGACUGUAUGAUUGCCCACGGGGCCAGUUCGUUCCUGAAAGAACGACUGUUCGACGUCUCGGAUCCCUUCAGGGUUCACGUCUGCGACAUUUGCGGCCUGAUGACCGUGAUUGCGAAACUCAAAAAGAACACGUUCGAGUGCAAGAACUGCAAUAACAAGAACAAGAUCAGCCAGGUCUAUCUGCCGUACGCGGCCAAACUGCUGUUCCAGGAGCUAUGGGCCAUGAACAUUGCCGCCAGGCUGUAUACCAAGAGAAGUAGCUAG